GCUGCGGGCGCGGGGGGGGCCGUUUCCGUGAGUCCGCCCGCCAUUUUCGGGGGGGGGGGGCGGGGCGGAGCCGCCGUGGGGCCUUCGCUCGCACAUUCCGAGCGGGACAAAGCCGAGCCUGUCAGGGUUCCCACUGGGAUGUGAGUUCCUGUCGGUGUCCGCGAAGGCUGAGCCGAGGCCGGACACCUCGCGCGGUGCUCGGGCACGCCUGUUCCUGUGGGCCCGGUGCGCGGGCGUCGCUGGCGCAGCGAGGCGGGAGUUUCAAACUCCGCGGGCGGGGAGCCCGCGCGUCUGGGUAUUCUUCGUCUCGGGUGGCUGCUGAGUUCUGUCUGCGUCAGGGGAGAAAAAUCCGUAGGAGUUUUAGGAGGAAUCUGUAAAUGCUUCUGUGCUUCAGGUGUUCUCUCACUGAAGCUGAAUAUCACACUUGUCUUUUGGGAAGGUUUGGAUACCUCCCCUGUGCAUCAGGGAAGCGAUCAUCCUGAACUUCAAAAAGUUAUACCAAAUUUAGAGUAUAACAGAAUGCACUCUCCAAAGACAGGCUUGCUACUCUGACAGACUGUGAUGAUGUUAAAGGUAAAACCUUCCUUCUGACAACAAAGAAGCUAGAACAAUGGGAGUGACUAAUCUGUGGCAAAUCCUUGAGCCUGUGAGACAACCUGUCAACCUGAGCAGUCUCAAAGGAAAAACACUUGCUGUUGAUUUAAGUUUGUGGGUUUGUGAAGCACAGACAGUUAAAAAGAUGAUUGGAGUAGUUACCAAGCCACAUCUCAGAAACCUAUUUUUUCGGUUCUCUUUCUUCACAUCAAUGGGAAUUAAACUAGUGUUUGUGAUGGAAGGAGAGGCCCCCAAGUUGAAAGCAGACACCAUGACUAAGAGGAAUGAGAUGCGCUAUGGACCUUCAAAGAAAGUUGGAGCUGCCAGAACAGGGAGAUCUUUAUUUAAAGCCAUGUUAAAAGAGUGUCUUGAACUGCUGGAGUGUUUAGGUGUCCCUUGGGUUCAAGCAGCUGGGGAAGCAGAGGCAAUGUGUGCCUACCUGAAUGCAAAAGGACAUGUUGAUGGCUGCAUUACCAAUGACGGAGAUGCCUUCUUAUAUGGAGCUCAAACAGUUUAUAGGAACUUUGCUAUGAAUGCUAAGGAUCCACAUCUCGACUGUUACACAAUGUCGUCUAUUAAGGAGAAACUUGGUUGUGACAGAGAGUCUUUGAUUGGGCUAGCUGUUCUGCUGGGUUGUGAUUAUCUUCCAAAAGGGGUUCCAGGAGUUGGGAAGGAACAAGCUUUAAAGUUAAUUGAGACUCUGCGAGGUCAAAAUUUACUGCAAAGGUUUGAUCAGUGGAAAGAACAAUUCCAGUAUGAUGAUAAUCCACUUUUGGUUGUUAAAAGGGUAAUUCACUGUUCAGAGUGCCACCAUCCAGGAUCAUACAAGGAGCACGAGCACAGUGGAUGUAAAUUCUGUGAAAGCAAAAGAUACUGCAAACCCAGUGACUCCAAACACUGCCCUUGUGAAUGGCAUCAGUUAGAGCAAGUGAAACAAGCAAAUGCCGUGGAGGACAAUAUCAGAAAAAAAGCUAAGAGCUGUGAAGGCUUUCCAUUCUCUGAGGUUAUCCAAGAAUUUCUAGUAAACAAGAAUAAAUUGAUCAACAUAAAGGAAUAUCGAAGGCCAAAUUUGUUGUCCUUUCAGAUAUUUGCUUCAGAGAAGAUGGAAUGGGACAAACAUUAUGCUUGUAAGAAACUGUUAGCACUGUUGACACGUUAUGAUAUGAUCCAGAGAAAAUCUGGAUACACUGACUCGAAACAACUGCAGGCAAUAAGGAUUGUCAAGACACGUGUUAAAAAUGGAUCACCUUGUUUUGAAAUUGAGUGGCAAAAACCAGAGCACUAUAUUGAUCCAGAAGAUGAGCCUGUGGAAUCAUUUGUAGUCACAGUAGAAGAGGAGUCUUUGUUUCAGGCUGCUUAUCCUGAUGUUGUUGCCCUUUAUCAACUGGAAAAGUCAGAAGUUCUUCAGAAGAAAAAGAAAAAAGGGAAAGGCAGACCAGAAGAAAAGGAUAUAUCAAGUGCUUAUGAUGAAGUUAGCAAUCUUCUGUCCCAAAUUAGUUUAAAAUCUACGUAUGGAAUUCUUCCUGUGCAACACUCCACAUCAGAUACAAAACCUCCCCCCAAACAUCAGACACAGCAGAGAGGUAAUGAAUCAAAAGAUGCAGCAUUAGCUGCAGCUUCCUGCAGAACAAGUGUUUGGGUGCCAGCAUCAGCAGCUGCUCCUCCUCUGCCUGCAUCAUCCUACUUACAGAGUGCUUUGGCUGACUCAGUUGUGUUGCCCUCACAAUGUGCCAAACAUUCAGGGAUAUCAUCCUCUUCCUCUGUAACAGCUGGUCUACAACUGAGCAGUGUUGAUGGGAAAGGAACCUUCUUCAGCACUUCACCAGCCCAGGGAGGUGAUGACCGAAAUCCAGCAGCUGACUUAACUACAUGCAUAGAACAUUCACAUCCACUAGGUCAUGAAACAGCAAGAAAUAGCUCAGAAUAUUCUGGUGCUGUGCAGUCUCAUCGACAUUCUGAUAGUGCAGAUGAUUUGUUUUCAAAUGAUGCUACAGGACACCUUCAGGAGUGGUCUUUAAGAGAGAGAAUACUUAGGAAGACUUCCAUUCCAUCACUGCCUUUGUCUGAAGAUGCAAUGCAACAGGAAUCUUUGAAAUGUUUUAAACAAACAAAAGAAAUGUUGAAUCCUGAUAGAAAUUAUGUCUCUUCUUCAUAUCAGUUAAAUAAACUAGUGCAGGAAAGUAAAAAUGUGCUAUCAGAAAACUGUGCAAGUGAAUCCAGCGUACAUAUCUGUCAAGAUCAGUACAGAAAAGCUGACAUCUUGGCUGAAAUGAUGCUAAAAGACCAUCAUGUAAGUGGUUCAACAUCUCUAGCCCUCAAUGGGCAAACAAGAGAAACACUGCAUCCUGGGUGUGAGAUGCUUCCAGUGUCUCAAAAGCCAGCAGAUGCAACUGGCUGUCACAUUAAAAAAGCUUGUAUUGAAACUACUUGGAAAGCUUCUUCUAAAAAGAGUGUGUGUCAGAACAGACAUUCUUCUAGUGAAGACAGUGAUGAUGGGCAUGUGAAUAAAAUCCUGAUUUAUGAGCAGCAGAAAAAGCAACUGAACCCUGGUCAGUUUAAAAAAUGUUUUACAAAGAAAAAUAGUAGCGUUGUUACUAGCAAAAGGACAAACAGUGACUCAGCCCUUAUAACUAAAGGGAAGAAGACAACAACCAAUUUAAAGAAAGCUGAUGAUACUUUCUCAUUGCAGGGAUGUCCAAAGCCAUCCUCUGUAGGGGAAGUUAAUUGUUCCCAAAGUUCAGAGCAACCAAUUAAGAGGCUGGGUUCUGACCCCACACAGCAAGACAGAAGUGCUGUUCUGACUUACAGAUGGGCAGACAGUCCCCUUCCCCUGUCUGAAAGACUAAAAGGAAGAAUCAAAAUCAAUUAGGUUCUCCAUAAAAUAACAAUUAACUAUGAACCAUCAUUUCUUAGAGUUCUUUCUCAAAGUUUCUGCAGUAUGCUCUAUCAAAGUUUCUCCAAUAUGCUCUAUCAAUUUUAUGUGGACACAGUUUUGAUGAAUAAGUGCUGUUACUGGAGCUGAAGUUUGAAACUAAAAUGUUAACAAAAGUACCAAACAGCUGAUUGUGGGCAAGUGCCAGUUAUUCUGGACAUGGUUACUUUCUGAACUUGAUACAUAAGCAUCAAGACGCAGCAUGUAAGGAAGCAGGGAGAUUUAUUUAUGAAAUAAGGCUUUUUUUCCCAGCCAGUUGUGAGGAUUUUUGUAUUAGUCUUGCUUAUAUAAACAGACUUAUUAAAAUAGUGCCUGCAGUACUUUGGAUACUCUUAAUAAGACAAAGUGAUGCAGCUCUUUUCAAAUAGAAUUCUGCAUUUUGCUUCACUAACCUAAUUUUGCAGGUUUUAAAAUGGGUCCUGCAAUUCUGCUUGUGUUGACAGUCUCUGAAGGACCACAUAGAGACACACAGCAGAUGUACCUUGCAGGGUAGCUAAGUUAAUAUCUGCCAUGACCAAUAAUAAGCUGUUCUUUGAGUGUGUGCAUCUUCCAAAGAGUGGAAUAAGCUAUAAGGAUCAUUCUGGUUUUGUAGCAGUUAUAUAUAUACUAUAUAUAAGGAAAUUUGAUGGCUGUUUAAUUAAGCAUUUGUAGUUUGGGGCAUAUUUUCUUAAAGAAGAUUGAAAUUCCAUCUAACACAAUUUAUAAUAGAGUGAAAGUUAAGUUGCAGAAAAUCUAAUUAUGGCAUUGCAGAUUCUGUGAACAAUAUCGUGUAAUUUUUUUUUUUAAAUUAGUAACUUGAGUGCAAUUACAAUUUUGAAGGUGCUCUUCACACUUCUUUAUUAUAGAAAUAAUCUCUGUUCAUACACCAGAAAAAGUUGUCUUCAACAGCUUAUUAGGAAUGCCUCCUUAUCUACAUUUAAGCAUUUGUAACUUUUUCUAUGCACCGUCCAGAAGGGAGGCCACACUUGGCAAGAUAUAUUGUUAAUAGUAGAAAUUUAGAAUAUCUGUGCCUGAAUGAAAAUGUCAGUUCUUUAUUCAUAAAGGUCAAGGACCAAGUUCAGAAGCUAAA